CAUCGCAAUGUUGCGCCGGGGCGUAGCGGAGAAAACCGUCGCUCUCACCAGAGCCAGGGUCGCUAGCAGGAGCUUCCUAGCGACAGCGUCCAAGAUCAGACUUGAAAAUGCUCGAUCAUACUCAAGGAAGACAACGAUUCCGGAUGUUGCUGGAGCCUCCUUCAACAUUUGCUCCCAACAAAAUCGCAGGCCUCGGAUGGUCUUCUUCAGUCAGCAGAGACGUUUUGCUUCUACCUUCAAAGAGGAGUAUGAGAAGCAUGUUGCAGAACGUGCAGCACAAGGGAUCGUUCCCAAGCCGCUUAGCCCCAAGCAAUGCAGUGACCUUGUCGAACUUCUCAAGAAUCCACCAAAGGGUGAGGAGGAGUAUCUCCUGAAUCUCCUCAAGACACGGGUUCCUCCCGGUGUUGAUGAAGCUGCUUAUGUAAAGGCAAGCUUCCUUACCUCGAUCGUGAAGGGAUCUGUCUCCUCGCCUUUGAUCAACAAAGCACAGGCUAUCGAAAUUCUUGGAACCAUGCAGGGUGGAUACAACGUCGAAACCCUGAUUUCUGCACUUGAUGAUGCUCAACUCGCGCCUGUUGCAUCGAAGGCUCUCAAGAAAACAUUACUCCUCUUUGAUGCUUUCUAUGACGUGGAAGCUAAGGCAAAGGCAGGCAACAGCUUUGCAAAGGAAAUCAUACAGUCAUGGGCUGACGCCGAAUGGUUUCUCUCAAAACCAGAGGUGCCAAAGAAGAUCACAACUACCGUUUUCUUUGUCAAGGGAGAGACGAACACAGACGAUCUCUCGCCAGCUCCCGAUGCUUGGUCAAGACCAGACAUUCCACUCCAUGGAUUGGCCAUGCUGAAGAAUGCAAGGGAGGGAAUCAUCCCUGACAAGGAUGGCGAAAUUGGUCCUAUGAAGCAGAUUGAGGAGUUGAAGAAGAAAGGACACCCUCUGGCUUACGUAGGAGAUGUUGUUGGUACUGGUUCUUCCAGGAAGUCUGCUACCAAUUCAGUGUUGUGGUUCAUGGGGGAGGAAAUUCCUUUUGUGCCAAACAAGAAGUCUGGUGGUGUUUGCAUCGGAGGAAAGAUUGCUCCCAUUUUCUUUAACACCAUGGAGGAUGCAGGUGCCUUGCCAAUCGAGAUGGAUGUCACAAAGAUGAACAUGGGCGAUGUGAUUGACAUUUAUCCAUACGAGGGAGUUGUGAAGAACAAUGCAACUGGAGAAGUCUUGUCUGAAUUCAAGCUCAAGACUGAAGUACUGUUGGAUGAGGUUAGAGCAGGCGGAAGAAUUCCUCUCAUCAUCGGCCGUGGAUUGACAUCAAAGGCCCGAAAGUCUCUCAACUUGGAGCCAUCCAAAGUUUUUCGACUUCCAACUGGUGCCUCAGAGAAGAAGCCGGCAGGCUAUACACUUGCUCAGAAGAUCGUUGGCAAAGCUUGUGGCGUCGAGGGUGUUUCGCCAGGCACUUAUUGUGAACCCGCGAUGACUACUGUUGGCUCGCAGGAUACUACAGGCCCGAUGACUCGUGAUGAAUUGAAGGAUUUAGCUUGCCUUGGCUUCAGUGCUGACUUGGUUAUGCAAUCUUUCUGCCAUACUGCAGCAUACCCCAAGCCCGUUGAUGUUGUCACACAUCACACUUUGCCAGAUUUCAUCCGUACUCGUGGAGGUGUCUCCCUUCGACCUGGAGAUGGAAUCAUCCAUUCAUGGCUCAACAGGAUGCUUCUUCCUGAUACGGUCGGGACUGGAGGCGAUUCUCAUACUCGAUUCCCAAUUGGUAUCUCCUUCCCAGCUGGCUCUGGCCUGGUAGCUUUUGCUGCCGCAACCGGCGUGAUGCCCCUUGAUAUGCCAGAGUCGGUGUUGGUCCGAUUCAAGGGCAAGAAGCAGCCAGGAGUUACGAUCCGUGAUCUUGUACAUGCCAUUCCGUACCAGGCGAUCCAGGAUGGACUUCUCACAGUCGAGAAGAAAGGAAAGAAGAACAUCUUUUCCGGACGCAUUCUCGAGAUCGAGGGUUUGCACAACAUGACAGUUGAGGAAGCAUUCGAAAUUUCGGAUGCCUCUGCCGAGAGGAGUGCAGCCGGGUGCACAAUCCAGGUUGACAAGGACAAGAUCAUUGAGUACCUGAACUCGAACAUCACGAUGCUCAAGUGGAUGAUUAGCGAGGGAUAUGGCGAUGCCCGUGCGAUGGAGCGAAGGAUUGCGUCCAUGGAAGAAUGGCUCAAGAAUCCAGUCUUGCUCAAAGCCGAUCCUAAGGCGGAGUAUGCUGCCACCAUCGAGAUCGACCUUGAUAAGAUUAAGGAGCCUAUUCUCUGCGCUCCUAAUGACCCCGACGAUGCCAGGCUGUUGUCUCAAGUUCAAGGAGACAAGAUCGACGAAGUGUUCAUUGGAUCAUGCAUGACCAAUGUCGGACAUUUCCGAGCGGCUGGCAAGCUGCUUCGCGAGUUUACCGGCCAGAUCCCAACCAGGCUGUGGAUUGCGCCCCCAACAAAGAUGGAUGCGGGUGUGCUGACUGAGGAAGGUUACUACUCCAUCUUUGGACGUGUGGGCGCUCGUAUCGAGAUGCCAGGGUGCUCUCUCUGCAUGGGUAACCAAGCUCGAGUCGGCGACAGCACCACCGUCGUCUCCACCUCAACCAGGAACUUCCCCAACCGUCUUGGCAAGGGAGCGAAUGUCUACCUUGCCUCCGCAGAGCUUGCAGCUGUCGCUUCCAUCCUUGGGCGUCUGCCAACUCCAGCUGAGUACUUGGAGUAUGCGGCGAAGAUCAACUCGACUGCCGCUGACACCUACCGCUACAUGAACUUUGACAAGAUGGAGAGCUACGUGAAGAGUGCGGCGAAGGUUGAAAUCUCAGCGGAAGCUCGAGAGGCGGCAAAGAAGCAUUUCUCGAAGUAGAAGCAAGGAGUGGGAGUUAAGUGUGUUGAGUCUGGUUGUGUGAGAGGAAGUGUAAUACGAUGGUUGCUGACAAACAGUCACAGUGAGUCUCUUUAAAGACAGAAAGGAUGGG